AAGAAGAAAAAAAAAAAAAAAAAAAAAACAGGUGGUUAGACUAGACUUGUCGCAAAAGAAAAAAAAAGAUUUUAUUUAUUUGGGAAGUGUUACUUGGAGAAAGAAAGAAACAAUUGGUUGAAUAGCGACGAUAUUGACGAAUCAUUUAUAUAUCCCACUCAGCACAAAACGCACAAGCACAAAAACGCAGCCAUGACGGUUCCUAUCCAUCACAUCAUCGAGACCCCUCCGCGGGCACCGUCCCCUGUCCACGGAUUCGGAACCCUUGCUGUCCAUGCCGGUGCCCCCCACGAUCCUACAACCGGCGCCGUCAUCGAGCCCAUCUCUCUAUCCACUACUUUCGCCCAGACUGCUGUCGGAAAGCCCGUCGGCUUAUACGAGUAUUCGCGCAGCUCCAAUCCCAACCGCGAUAACUUCGAGCAAGCCGUCGCCGCCUUGGAGCAUGCCAAAUACGCACUCGCCUUCAGCAGCGGAAGCGCUGCCACUGCUACCAUUCUCCAGAGCUUGGCUCAGGGCUCCCACGUCAUCAGCGUGAGCGACGUCUACGGCGGUACCCACCGCUAUUUCACCCGAGUCGCUAAGGCUCAUGGUGUUACUGUUACCUUUACCCCUCAGAUCGAGGUGGACAUUGCAGAGCACAUCCGCGACAACACCAAAUUAGUAUGGAUUGAGUCGCCUAGCAAUCCUACCUUGCGCCUUGUAGAUAUCCGCGCCGUCGUCAACGCAGCCCACUCGCGAGGCGUCGCUGUUGUUGUUGACAAUACCUUCCUUAGCCCCUACGUCCAGAAUCCCCUCGACCAUGGCGCCGACAUCGUCGUCCACAGUGUCACCAAGUACAUCAAUGGACACAGCGACGUUGUUAUGGGAAUAGCCGCAUUCAACUCGGAUGAAUUGCGUGAACGUAUUUCCUUCCUACAGAAUGCCGGCGGUGCUGUCCCGUCAGCCUUCGACUCCUGGCUUGCCCACCGAGGAGUUAAGACGCUGCACUUGCGAGUGAGGCAGUCAAGCGGCAACGCUACGGCUGUGGCGAGAGCCCUGGAGGCUAGCCCCCACGUCAUUUCCGUAAAUUACCCCGGUCUAGACUCUCACCCACACAGGCAUAUUGCUCUGAAACAGCACCGAGAGGGUAUGGGCGGCGGUAUGCUUUCGUUCCGUAUCAAGGGAGGCCGGGCCGCGGCUGAGCGGUUCUGCCAGCUGACCAAGAUCUUCACGCUGGCCGAGAGUUUAGGUGGCAUCGAGAGUCUGGUCGAACUGCCGAGCGCAAUGACGCACGCCGGCAUCCCUCGAGAACAGCGAGAGGCUGUAGGCGUUUUUGACGACCUCGUGCGCGUGAGCUGCGGUAUAGAGGAGCCGGAAGACCUGCUUCGUGAUGUUCAGCAGGCGUUGGAGAAGGCGGUGUCCGAGACUGCUGCUUCGAGCAAUGGGACCAAUGGCGUUAACGGACAUGAAUCACAAUAGACGCGGGCUAGAGAGCGGUAAAUGAGUAUCCAACCCACCAUCGCCGAAAUGACGGAAGCGUUAUAUCGAAACCGAUAUUAUUAUCUGUUUGGCGUUAUGUUCGUAUCCGGUCGGAGCGUAUGGCGUGUUCCAGGCCCAUAGGGGAGUCGACAGCACAGCCAAUACAUAGACAACUGCAUUUUACGGUGGGAUCAACAACGUGUUAGCGCCUUGGUGUGCGAAAUAAAUAGAUCGUUUGAGUUUUUAUGGACAACUAGCUAGAAUAACGCGGGACAGUAUAAACCAGACGUGUGAGGCGGGAGAGUAUAUGUCUAGCUUACGCAAAUCUCAUCUUGGUGUACACUUAUAAUGACCACUCAUGACCACUCCUUAUACU